UUGCAGUUGAGUUGGAUUUUUUUUUUCACGAAAAUCGUGCAAAACCCACAGAAUAAAAUUCUGAUGCAAUUUUAAGCAUAAAUUUGAAUGUGAAUUGAUUUCCUUUUUUUUGUUAAAUAGUUAGUAUAAAAAAAAAAACAAAUAUAACCAAUUAAAAAUGCCAACAGAAAAGUUGAAAAACUUAACGCUAGAAGCAAUUUACACUUCGGAAAAAAAUGGAAAUGAUGAAACUGGCAAAGGCACCCAAGAGAACCCUUUCAAAAGCAUUCUCCAGGCGAUGCGUCAUGCCAAACAAGAUCCAUUUCCAACGAUUUUCGUUGAUGCCAAAAACCCUGGCGAUGGUUUAAAAUACGAACCCGCUGCCAAGUCACAGCUCAAAAAGAUCCAUAAGAUCUGGGCUCGUGAAAUUAACAAGAAUGCGGACAAAGAGCAACGUGAAAAUGAUGAUGCCGAAAAGAGGAAACAAAACAUGGAAGAGGCAAAGAAAAUUAUUCUUGCCGAAGAUCCCAGUUGGCCAAAAGCCAAACGCAUUCACAUCGAUGAUGGCGCCGAGAACCGUGAGACACGUGUCCGUGUUUAUGGUUGGGUCCAUCGAUUGCGGCGUCAGGGCAAGGGUUUGAUGUUCAUUACUUUGCGUGAUGGAACUGGAUUCUUGCAAUGCGUGCUGAAUAAUGCACUUUGUCAGUGUUAUAUUGGAGUGGUAUUGACCACUGAGAGUUCGGUGCAGCUUUAUGGAACAUUGAAAGCUGUUCCAGAGGGAAAGACUGCUCCGGGAGGGCAUGAAUUGCAUGUUGACUAUUGGGAGUUGAUUGGUCUGGCACCAGCUGGUGGGGCAGAGAGUAUUCUCAAUGAAGAAGCAUUGCCAGAGGUGCAGCUGGAUAAUCGUCAUAUUAUGAUUCGUGGCGAGAAUACUUCUAAGAUUUUGAAGAUGAGGUCUGUUAUAUUGCAAGCGUUCCGCGGGCAUUAUCUUUCUCGGAAGUACAAUGAAGUUACUCCGCCAACAUUGGUGCAGACUCAGGUUGAGGGAGGAUCGACACUUUUUAAAUUGCAGUACUUUGGUGAGGAAGCCUUUUUGACUCAAAGUUCUCAGCUCUAUUUGGAGACAUGUAUACCAGCUUUGGGUGAUGUCUUCUGCAUCGCUCAGAGUUACCGUGCCGAACAGAGUCGAACACGUCGUCAUUUGGCUGAGUACACUCACGUUGAGGCCGAAUGUCCAUUCAUUUCUUUCGACGAUCUUCUCGAUCGUUUGGAAGAUUUGAUUUGCGAUGUGGUUGAUCGAGUACUCAAGUCGCCUGAUGGCCAUUUGGUUAAGGAACUCAAUCCAACUUUUGAACCUCCAAAGAGGCCAUUCAAACGAAUGAAUUAUGCAGAUGCCAUCAAAUGGUUGAAGGAGAACAAUGUUACCAAGGAUGAUGGAACUUUCUAUGAGUUUGGCGAAGACAUUCCCGAAGCUCCAGAGCGUAAAAUGACCGAUACAAUUGGUGAACCAAUUAUGCUGUGCCGUUUCCCAGCCGGCAUUAAGUCAUUCUACAUGUCCAAGUGUCCCGAAGAUGCUGAGCUAACUGAAAGUGUUGAUGUACUCUUGCCAAAUGUGGGUGAAAUUGUUGGAGGUUCAAUGAGGAUAUGGGAUAGUGAAGAUUUGCUUAAAGGCUAUGCCCGUGAAGGAAUUGAUCCAAAACCAUAUUAUUGGUAUACCGAUCAAAGAGUUUAUGGAUCUCAACCACAUGGUGGUUAUGGAUUGGGAUUGGAACGUUUUGUUUGUUGGCUACUUAAUCGUUAUCAUAUUCGAGAAGUUUGCCUGUAUCCAAGAUUUUUGGACAGAUGUGCACCAUAAGUUGUGGGUGUUUAUUGGAAUUUAUUGAAAAAGAAAGCAUAAAAUUAUAAAUUAUAGGCUUUUUAGCGCUUUGCAUUUAAUGGAAAAAAAAAAAUAUAUCAGCAUAAACACAGUGAAUUUACAUAAAAUUUUGUUUCUUUCUUUUUUUUUCUCGCAUAAAAAAAAUAGCUAAUCAGCAUUUAAGACAAAAAAAUAAUUUUAAAAAUCUAUUGGUGUACUAAUCAUUAAAAAUAUAAACAAAACAACAUAA